CCUAAGCAGGAAGAAUCACUUAUGAUUAUCUUGAGCAAUGAACCAUAUACAAUGUAUAUUUGUAACUUGAAAGCGUACAGUCGCACACACACUCAAUUUUAGAGAUGCCCAUCAGCCUAUGUCUUUGGACUGGGGGAGGAAACUGGAUUACCCAGAGGAAACCCCCAAAGCACGGGGAGAACAUGCAAACUCCGCACACACAGGGCCACGGUGGGAAUCGGACCCCCAACCCUGGAGGUGUGAGGCAAACAUGCUAACCACUAAGCCACCGUGUGCCCGGUAUAUGUUCAUGUUCCCUUUAAUACAUUUUAAAGGUUAAAAAAAAAUAUAUGGAACUUUCAUACCUUGAUACCUUUCAUACCAUGAUACCACCCCAGCAACAAGGAAAGCUACAAUUUAUUAUCUUUUUAUUUUAAAAACAGAUAUAACGGGGGAAAUUGUAAACUACUUUUAACUAGCUAAGGAAGCUAAUUAAACUAGAAUAUGAAAUGGAUAAAUGGUUUAGUCGGUAUUUGUUACAUAAAAUCUAUCUAGUUUCCGGGGGAGAUGUACAGUACAUAAACCUGAGUGUAGUUACACGUCGCUACCGUUAGAUGGCAGUAGUCCUCUCCGAUAGUAAGUUAACAACAACUACAGAAAAACUAACACUUUCACGAAACCCAGUUAUAAAUCGCUUUUUUAAAGAAAUGGAGGCACCAAAAGACCAAGGCGUUGUCUUUCUUGAGCUGAGAGAGCGAUUACAGAGCGGCUUGUUAAUUAUACGUCCUGAUGUUGACACAUCUGAGGUAAAUGUGUCUAGUGGAGACUCGGCGCUAAAAAUCCACGUACCUGAUGCGAUUUAUGAGGUGAAGCUACCCCCAAAGGUCAGUCUAGUGGAGGGUUCAUGUCGGAAGAGUCCGGAGCUGAACGUGGAUGGGCUGCAUGUUAGAGUGCGUUUGAAGGUGGACCAGUGUUCAGAGGCUCAGGACAGUGCGAUUCAACAUCUGAAGGCACAGAGAUGCUAUUGUUUCUUGUGCCAGUCCUGUGGGGCCAUGCUGCUUAAAGACAGGAUUUUCAGGCGAGUACUCCCGUUACCCAAUGGGAACUGGAAUACACUGGUAGAUGAUUGGUGUUGCCAUCCUGAUCCUUUUGCCAACAAGAAGCUUCUUCCUCAACAAGAGGACUGUUUACUUGGUGACACCUACUUCCUCUUGACCCGGGACAGCAGUUGUGACCAGAGCCUUACAAGCAGAGUGGAUUCAUCCGAUGUGAACUCUGGCUCUAAUCUGCAUUCUGGGAAGCAGGCACUUGGCCACAGGAAUGUGGUUCUCUGUAAGAAUUGCUGUGCAGUGCUGGGAGAAGCAGUCACGACAGACGUUUUAAAAUUCUAUAUAACUGAAGUGGUGGUAAGGCAAAGUGACGAUGGAGAGUAUACCAUACCACAAAAUAGGCAAGUACUGUCGAAUUGUAUAUACAACACACCUAAAUACUUACUGCAUUGUGGAAAUGUGUUUAAAUCAGUGGGCACAAAUUUCAGUCUGGAAGUCCAAAUUACUACACAGUGUGGGUGUCUGAGUCUUCAGGACUGUAGUUCAAGAUUUACUGUAGUUAAUAACUUUUUAUUUUUAAUUCUGAUCAUUUUCUUAUCCAGACAGCAGUUCCUAGAAACAGCCCUUGGGUCCAGACUUGUUGAGCUGUCAUCUGCUCAAAGCAUAUUUCGCUUUUCCAUCCAGACACCAAAUGGUAAAGCUGUGAUCAUGCUUUGGCUCUUGAAUAUGGACACUCUGAUUGCUUCAUUCUCUGAGAAAGUCAUCAGCAGUGACAUCCUCGUCUCCGACAGUGACCGUCAUCCCAAUAAACAUCAGUCAUGCAAGGCAGUUAUGGCAAUCAAAGUCCUUUACCUCCCCUGCACUCACGGUCAACGGGAUGAAGCUGUUGAUGCAUGGGAGAAGGAUAUCAGUGUUCACCCUCUGAUCCUCCCUCAGAGCACAUGUGAGGAGGUGCUGCAGCUCCUGAGCUCCUCUACCGAAACACUGCCCUCCUCACUGUGCUCAAUGAACUGCUACCAGGUGGCGUAUUUGAGAAGAUGAGUUUGUGAGUUAGAAGUGGGUCAGAAUGUGCAGAAUCCAUUUAAUAUGCAUCAUGGGAUCAUUGUGUUUAUGGAUUUAGACUAUUAGUAAUAAACAUUGAAUAUUAAAAAUAUACCCAUUUUAUAUAUUACUUCAUUACUUCACUGUUGUAAUAAAAGUCAGUAUGUUAUAUAGAAUAUCUUGUCUGUAUUGUCUGAUAUUGUCCAAGUGGUUUCACAAACACAUCCAAACAAACUUGAUUGAGUUGCAUCUCACUACAUGAACAUUUUCCUCUUAUCAUGCAUGCUUCAGGAGAAUGAAACCACACUUCUUGUCACAAUAACCAUUUUUGAUGCCAGUACCAAGUUUAGCAUCAUAAUGCUUGAAAAGAAAGUGAUACUAUGGUGCAGCAAAUACAAAAUGUACUAUACCAUUUUUGUGUUUCUGUCUUUGCAUUACUAAAUAAACCCCACCUGUAUACUAAUGAACCUUAGAACAGAGUUAGUUAGCAAGUUUUGCCUUAAAUUACAUCAUAACUUGAAUUGUUUUUUUACUUUUGAAAAACCCAAUUGAAAGUAGGCUACGGACAUGGUUUGAAUUUACAGGUGACUUGUAUGAACUUCUGAUAAUCCGGGUCAAUACAGUGGGGGAAAUAAGUAUUGGAUGCAUCAACAUUUUUUCAAUAAAUAUAUUACCAAUGAGGCUAUUCACAUGAAAUUUUCACCAGAUAUCGAGAAAACUCGAGAAAUCUGGAAAUAUAAAGAAUGCACAACAUUGAAGUCCAUAAAUGAAGUUAUGUGUAACAAAGAGGAAUGAAACAAGAAAAAAGUAUUGAACACGCUAACUGAAAUUUAUUUAAUACUUAGUGGAGAAGCCUUUGUUUGUAAUGACAGCUUCAAGACAUUUUCUGCAUGAAGAAAUUCAGGUGUGAUUUUGGCCCAUUCUUCUAAACAUAUUGUCUUUAAAUCUUGUUCAAUUGGAUUCAAGUCAGGUGAUUGACUGGGCCAUUCUAAUGCCUUGAUUUUUCUCUCUGAAACCAGUUGAGAGUUUCCUUUGCUGUAAGGUCAUCAUCAUCAUCCUGGUGGAUGGCAGCAGAUUCUUCUCAAGAAUCUUCUGGUAAAGGGCUCCAUUCAUUGUUCCUUCAAUCAUAUGAAGUCUGCCAGAACCAUGCGAUGAAAAACAGCCCCACACCAUGAUGCUUCCACCUCCAAACUUCACUGUUGGUAUUGUGUUUUUAGGGUGAUGUGCAGUGCCAUUUCUUCUCCAAACAUGGUGUGUAGUAUGACAGCCAAAAAGUUCAGUUUUGCUCUCAUCUGACCAGACUGCACUCUCCCAGUAUUUCAUAGGCUUGUCCAGUUGCAUUGUAGCAAACUUUAAACGCGCUUCGACAUGCCUUUCUUUUAGUAAUGGAGUCUUGCGGGGUGAGCGUGAGCAGUGGAGUGCAUUGCCUAUUGUUUUCUCUGUGACGAUGGUACCUGUUGCCUCCAAGUGUUUCUGGAGCUCUUUCCGAGUGGUCCUUGGCUCUUGGGUUACUCUUCUGACUAUUCUUCUGACACCCUGGUCAGAAAUCUUGCGAGGCGCUCCUGUGCGUGGCCAGUUGAUGACGGAGUGAUGUUGCUUUCACUUGCGGAUAAUGGCCCCAAUGGUGCUUAAUGGAGGAUUCAGAAGUUUUGAAAUAUGUCUGUAUCCAAUUCCAUCAUUAUGUUUCACAACAAUAAGGUUGCAAAGGUCUCGAGAGAGCUCUUUGCUUUUACCCAUCAUGAGAUGUUUCUUGUGUGACACCUUGGUAACGAAAAGCCUUUUUAUAUAUUAUCAAUUUACAAACCCAGCUUAUAUUAACUUGCACAGAUAGGAGGUAUAAUUACUUACGGAUUUCAGCUGGUUCCUUGCCUUACCUUGCCUUGGAGAACUGCUUUUUCAUAGCGUGUUCAAUACUUUUUUCCUGUGUCAUUGCACUUUAUUACACAUAACUUUAUUUAUGGACUUUAAUGUUAUGAAUUCUUUAUAUUUCUGGAUUUCUUGAGUUAAUACUGAUGGCUGGUGAAAA